UAUAAACUACAAAUCAUUCAAAAUGAUGGCGCUCGAUGGCAAAGCGAUAAUUAAGGAGGAGAUUACCGACAAGGACGCAUAUGACGCGGCCGCAGCGGCGGCAGUGGCAGCGGCAGCGGCGGCAGUAGCCACAGCAACAGCUGUCCAAAUGCCACCCGCGUCAUCGUCAGUGGUUUCUGGAGUGGCAGGUGGUGGAGGUGCUCCUUCUUCAGCAGCAGCCGCAGCAGCAGCAGCGUCGACUAAUAACAACAGUAGCAACACAUCGACAGGAGCAGCAGCUGCAAUUAGUCGAAGGCUUAAAGCCAACAGCAGCAGCAACAGCAGCAAUGGAGACAAGAGUUCCUGCUCCUCGAACAGCAGUAAAGACAGCAACCAAAGCAGCCGAGAUAGAGAACGAGAACGGGAACGGGAGCGUGAAAGGGAUCGUCUAUGUCGAACUCCACCGGAUUCACCGCCCGACUCGGCCCGCAGUCUAGCCCCUCGUUCCCCCAACUCACCACUUGGCCUUGUGCAUCAGCAUCAGCGUCCACAGCGCAAUGCCAGCUCCUCUCCAGCUCUGGUUAAUGGCAGCGGAAGUGGCGGAGUUGGCUCCUCAGGAGCUUCGCCCACACCGGGAGCAGCCUCAUUGGCCGCAGCUGCCGCCGCAGCAGCAGCCGCCGCCGCCCACGUGGAGCAGGCUCGUUUGGUUUCUAAGAUGCGUAAAUUUCUUGGUGCCCUGGUGCAAUUCUCCCAGGAGUUGGGCCAACCCGAGGUCAGUGAACGUGUGCGAGCUCUCGUCUUGUCAUUGUGCAGCGGCACCAUCUCGGUGGAGGAGUUUCGCCUGGCCCUGCAGGAGGCCAUCAAUCUGCCCCUGCGUCCCUACGUGAUGCCCCUUCUCAAGAACAGCGUGGUCCUGAUGCAGCGAGAGAUUAUGGCUCUGGCCCGGUCCACUGGCCAAUCGCCUCUGCAGUAUGUGACCAGUAAUGAGCAGGCAGUGAUGGAAUUUUCCCCGCAUGGCAUGGCCAGCACAGAGUUCGGCGACAUUUUCGUUCAACUGGAGGCACCCACAUCGAACGGCGGUGGGCCAAGUGCUGUCUUCAAGCGUCGCUCCUCGGAUUCCAUGAUGGAGCAUGGCGCUCAGAAUGGCUUGCAUGAAUGGAGCGAAUAUAUGGCAAGUGGCGGAGGCGGUCCCACCGCAACGGCAUAUCCCCCGCCCAGUAAACGUCUGGCCAUGCAUCCGGGUCAUUCGGUGGUCGCCUAUGACUAUGGCGCGGCAGCCGCAGCAGUGGUAGCUGCGGGCGAGGCAAGCAGUUACAUGCAACGUGCCGGCGAUGAACGCGAUAUGCGUCUGAGCGAAGCCCAGGCCAGACAUCCGGUUGCGCCGCAGCGUGUCACAGGCAAUCCACAGUCCAAUCCCAAUGUAGGUCCAAGUGCUGCGGCCGGCGGCGUGGGCGGUGGUGGCGAGGAGGAGUGGAAGAACAUUCACACCAUGCUCAACUGCAUCUCGGCCAUGGUGGACAAGACAAAGCGAGCCAUCACGAUACUCCAGCAACGUGGCAUUGAGCCGCAGCAUCCGAAUAGCAGCCAAGAGGUGACUCCAGCGGCCAUGGCAGAGUUACGACGUCAAACCGAGGAGAAGGUGGCCGAAUUCAAGCGCAAUGCCGAGGAUGCUGUCACACAGGUGAAACGUCAGGCCGUGAUUGAAAUUCAACGCGCUGUGGUUGCUGCCGAGACACGUGCCGCCGAGAUUAUGACCCAAGAACGAUUGCGUAUGGAGAAAUUCUUCAUGGAAAUGAGUCGUCAUUCAAGUGGUGAGCGCGAUUUGGAUAAUAAGUCACCUUCCAUCACCAGCGCAGCACAGAAUGGCAACUCACUGCAGCAACAAUGUUGGAACUGCGGACGCAAGGCCACCGAGACGUGCUCUGGCUGCAACAUGGCUCGCUAUUGCAGCGCCUCGUGUCAAUACAGAGACUGGGAUAGUCAUCAUCAGGUCUGCGGCAACACUCGGGCCACUGAGUUAAGUGCCAAGCAUAUGCAUUCGGCCAGCGGCUUGCGUAGUGCCAUGGCCACACGGUCACCACCCACCCCCACAUCGGCGGCAGCAGCGGCUCAUCUGCAGGCGGCAGCUGCAGCGGCUGGGGCACGUGAAGCGGUGGCAGCAACAGUUGCAGUUAGCGGCGUUGGUCCGGGAAGCGCUUCGAGUGGUGGUGUUCCAGGCAGUGGUGGUGGUGGUGGAAACGGUGGGGGAGGAGGUGUUGCGGGCGGUGGCGCAGGUGCAGCAGCUGUGGCCACUCCUACGCCCAGUGCUUUGGUGGCCAACGGCUUGGGCUCCAAAUGACGCAUUCGCAUGAUGAAACCCAAAAAGAAAUACUUGUGCUAGUCAAAUUAAAAACAAAAGUAGAUGGAUGAAAUACAUAUACAUACAUACACAUAC